CGUAGCUGACAGCUUCAGAGCCAGCAGCAACCACUACUCUGUCAGGACAGCUCAUGUUUUCAGUUUGUUCUCUAUAGAAAGUUUAUAGAAGAAAGCAAUGAUUAUGCUGAAUCCAUCUAGGAACCUGGUGUAAUGUGGAAUCCCAUCGGAGCAACAAGGAAAUUUUUAACAACCCACAGAUAUCAAUGACUGAAGAAAAAGUCUGUUCUUCACAUCACUCAUCAGCACAGUGAUGGAAGGGAGAAGAGCAGAUGGAGAGCUAUGUGGCAACACUGAAGUUGCUACCAAGCAGGUGGCCCAAUGGGAUGAUCCAAUGAUGCCACAAGAGCUGAGACUCAUCCUGGUAGGGAAGACAGGAAGUGGGAAGAGUGCCACUGGAAAUAGCAUCCUUGGCAAAAAAGUCUUUGAGUCAAAGCUCAGUUCCAGGCCAGUGACCAAGAGCUGCCAAAGAGCGAAUAGAGAAUGGGAUGGAAGGACACUUGUUGUCAUCGACACUCCAGAUAUCUUUUCCUCCAGACCCCAAACAAAUGGAGAUCUGGAGAUCUGUCGCAGCAUGGUGCUCUCAUCCCCAGGGCCUCAUGCCCUGCUUUUAGUGAUCCAGGUGGGCCGGUACACCAGUGAGGACAAGGAGACCCUCAGGCGCAUCCAGGAGAUAUUUGGAGCUGGAAUCCUGUCUCACACCAUCCUUGUCUUCACCAGAAAAGAAGAUUUGGGGAAGGGAACCCUGACAGAAUAUUUAAAUUAUACAGACAACAAAAACUUAUUCUGGCUAUCUAGGGUUUGUGAAGGAUUUCACUGUGGUUUCAACAACAAAGUUGAAGGGGAGGAACAGGAAGCCCAACUAAAGGAACUGAUGGGGAUGGUAGAAGGAGUUCUCUGGAAAAAUAACUGGCACUAUUACUUAAAUGAUGUGUAUGCCUACAUUCAGAAAAAUAGUAAGCAGUUAAAAGAGGAGCUGGGAGAAGAGCCAACAGGUCAGGGACAGAAUUCUAAGGGAGCUUUGUGUAAGGAGAAUAUAACAUCAAUGGAGCCAGAUCAGACCUGUUCUGCUCUAGAAAAUCUGAUGAACAUUCAGAGAAAAUAUGAGCAGCAUCAAGAAUCAGUGUUGAACAAGGAAUCCCAGACCCCUUGGGUGGAUAGCAACUCAACAUGGUGUACUUUAUGGGGAUGUUUCUCUGUCUGGAUCCCCAGAAUUCCUUUUUCUUCUCUUUCACCAUCUAUGGGCCAUGCCCAGUUUGCUGAGCCCAAGCACUGUGAUAGAGGAAAGAACCGAGAGCCAGGAAACAGGACAGAAGAAAACUCAGGGAGGUAUCACUAGCCAGAGUAUCACUGAUGGCAAGUAGCUAGACUAAACAACUCUAUCCCAUGAUAUCUGUGGGGCAGUUAUACUUUUCAAUGAACUUUUCCACUAAUAAUCUUAUUUGAUUAUUUUUUAUAAUGCUGUUGAUGAAAAAAAAAGAUUCACAGGUACAAAAGAUUGUUAGAAAUAAUUCAAUUCAAUCCUUUCAUUUUUCAGAGUAAAAUAGCUCUACCAAUGAUUAGUUCAGUGGCUUAAAUAAGUCACUUCAUCUGAUCCAUUUCAUAAGUGAGGAAAAUGUGGAAGGCAGAGUUAAUUGAUUUGCCCAAAGCGCCACAGCUAGUCAGUGUCUGAGUCCGGAUUUGAUCAUUCUAGCUGUCUUUGAAUACUUUAUUUUAUAAAGUUCUAGGUGUUGAUCUAAAUUUAAUUUCCUCUAUGCUACUACCCAUUUUUGUCAGUAUAAUGAAUUUUUAUCCUAGUACAGAUCUUUAUGUUUUCUUUUCAAGUUUUAUGAAUAUCCUUAUGAUUGAUGAAAAUAGAACUGGCCUUAAAUUAGACAAAGAAGAUAAUAACAAGUAAUAAAUAACCAUGCAUAAUGUGGGUUAAUGCCCACUGUUGAAAGUUACUUCCUGACCUGAUACACUUUGUUCAGUAGCCUGCCACCAUGCUUAAAAUUCAUACUUUUAGAUGUUGAUUUCUUUGGGUAAUUUAGGUUUUGACACCUAGUAAAAUGAAAAUGCUCCAAAAAAGGGUAAAAUCCUGCCCAUAUUUUGACAAUCAGUUCAAACACUUCCUCCUUCCUUGUUCUUGCCAGAAAGAAUUAUCUCUUUAGUCUCUGAAUACAGCUGGCACUUUAUUAUGAAAUAGCUAAUGAACUAUCAUAUUCUAUUUUGUUUCAGUCAUAUAUAUGCUCAUAUCUUAUUUUACCUGAUAGCUUGUAAACUCCUUGAAGGCAAGCAUCUUAUCUUUGGAUCUCAGAAGGCCUUGUAUAUAUAGCUUCAGGAGACUUUUAUUAAUUGAAAUGAAUCAAUAAUGAAAUAAAUAGUUUACACCUUAGCAAAGAUUAAUUUGAUAGGUCAACAGAGAAAGCACAGAGAAGGAUCUUAAGGGGAAGAAAUCUAGAACAUGUAAGAGUUGUUAUAAGGAGGUGUUGUAAUAACAAGUAACUAUAAAUGAAUGAAUGAAUCAGAGGAAACUAUUUGGGAUAGUAAGCCCUAGCUGGGGAAGAAUGCGAAGAUGAGAGAGUAUAGCAACACCACAAGAAUUUAGGAAAGGAGCUUAAACAGGGAGAUUUGUUAACAAAUCUAAUGGUAUCCCAAUUUCAUGUCAUUCCCAAAUUUGAUGAGCAUAUCUGUAUACUCUGGCACAUAAAAACUUAGGUGGAAAAAUCAAAUGAUAUUCAAAUUGUCCUUGAUGGGAAAGCUACCAAAACUUAUUACACACUAGUUUAGCAUAGUGCAUGGCAUGUAGUAAGUGCUUAGAAAAUGACCAGCUGAUGCAUCUGGCUGAGUCACAUCCUUCCAUUUAUUUAUUUAAAAAAUCAUCUAUUGAGGAGUAAACAGCUGCCUCAUUCCAUACUACAUUCCAUAGGGAUCACAGAGAAUGCAAGUAAUAGGGCUGUGAUUGUGAUUGUGAGGGGGGGGAAAAAGGUUAUCAAGAGGAUACAGGAGAUAACUAUUAUCAACAAAUGAUCUUUGCAAUGAAGUAAAAUUCAAAUACAAACAACUCUCUACAGAGCCACAAAUCAACAUUAACUAUGCUAUAUUGUAGCUUUAUUUAUUUUUCUCAAUAUUUCCCAAUACAUUUCAAUCUGGUUUAGUUAUAUUUGAGAGCAUUUGACACCUCUGUUUUACAGUGUUAUUGAAAAUCACAGACACCCUAAAGGAUAUGAAGAAUGUUAAUUACCUUAAAAAAGGUAGAAUGACAAAUUCAAAAGUAGACAUUAAACCUAGAGAGGCUGAAAAUAAUUAUGUAGUCAAAUCAUGAAUGUACAAUUUGAUAGCAGUGAAAUCAAUAAUAAACCAAAACUUAAUUAUUUACAAAAUUGGCAUUUGAAUGAUCAUAGGCACAGUCACCUGAAAAGUGACACUGUAAGAGAAGAUUACUUCUCUUCAUUUUUGAAAACAACCCCAUGAUAUUUAGUUUAGUUGGGAUAAAAGUAAAUUUUUUUAACAAAAAGAAUUUGUUAGGGAGAAUUUUUUGUUUUCUUCACAAAAUAAAACAAUAAUUUUCUUUUUAAAAAAAGAGAAAGAAAAAGCAUCUUCCCUCCUAUCCUCUUCAUACUGAUCACCAGAUGUGAUAGAAAAACAUUUUUAAUUUCUCAAACCCUAAUUCUUGAUAGACAUUUACUUCAUAAAAUUGCUUUUAUAAUCUGUUUCUUCAUAAAAAUAAGUUGAUAUGUUUCUAAUAAAAACAGACCUUACUAUCCUUA